GGCAAACCCUUACUUUUUGGAUGGUCUUCUCGGUAAUGGUAAGUAUACACGAUGACACUGACACUCGACACAAAUGUCAACACCAGUGUCGCUUGCGUCUACACGGUAAGCAUUUUUUUGUGUCGACAUUAGUAUAUACAUUUAGUGCACCGGUUGAAGUGUAUUUGCCGUCUACACGAUUCAGUUUGGGACAUUUCAUCGCCAUGAAUAGACGUGCUGCUGCCGCGAUUGUCGCGAUAUGUGUUUCUAUUAAAAUGCGUCGGCGUAAAAAGAGAUCUGUAUGGGUUAAAGAUUGGAUUAAAAGAAGAGCGCAGCUAGGGGCAUAUAACCAAUUGUUGUCUGAAUUGAAAAACGGAGAUCCAGAAUGUUACAAAAACUUUCUUCGGAUGAAACACGACGAUUUUCAAUAUUUAUGUAACAAGAUUUCACCUGCUAUUAAGAAGCAAGAUACGAAUAUGAGACUAGCUACUAGUGUAGAAGAACGUUUGGCGAUAACAUUAAGAUUUUUGGCGUCAGGAGAUUCGUAUCGAUCGCUCUCAUACCUAUUUCGGGUACCACAACAGACUAUCUCCAAAAUAAUACCAGAAUGUUGCGAUGCUAUUUAUAGAUUUUUAAAACCAAAUUACAUGGAGGUACCUUCAUCAGAAGAUUGCUGGAAAAAAAAUUCAGAAGAUUUUAAAAACAAAUGGAAUUUUCCAAAUGCUAUUGGAGCACUAGAUGGAAAACACGUGGUCAUAAAAGCACCCCAACAUAGUGGGAGUCUGUACUAUAAUUAUAAAGGUACAUUCAUAUCGUACAAGUAUUGUGUUAAUGGCAUUAGUUGACGCUAAUUACAAAUUUAUUUAUGUAGACGUAGGAUGCAAUGGGAGGAUCUCCGAAGGAGGCGUGUUUGCAAAUUGU